AUGCUAGUGUUCACAAUUUUAUUUUUAUGUAUAUACUAUGUGGAUAAUAAAGAAAUCUCUAGAACUGGAUUUGAUAACAAGGCAGUACUCGACAAAUUCCCAAAUGACUUUAUGUUUGGAGCAUCAACAUCUGCAUACCAAAUCGAAGGAGGCUGGAAUGAAGGAGGAAAAGGUGUCCACAUGUGGGAUUAUUUAGUACGAACGAAACCUGAAAACAUAUUGGACGGUGCAAAUGGAGAUGUCGCCGUGAACUCCUUUCAUCUAUACAAACGUGACGUAGAAAUCUUGAAGGAGCUUGGAGUACAGUCUUACAGAUUUUCCAUAUCCUGGACUCGCAUACUGCCGUAUGGCCACUCCGACUGGAUCAACGCAGAGGGAGUGGAAUACUACAAUAAUUUGAUUAAUGAAUUGCUGGCAAACGGCAUAACACCUUUUAUCACGAUGUAUCACUGGGACCUGCCCCAAAAUCUAAGCGAAAGAGAUUUUGCAAUACCCAGCGAUGAUACUCACGACACGAGUGAAGCGGUUCUAGAUUACUACGCUAUGAACUUCGGACAAUACAUGGAUCCGAUUUUUACUGACCGCGGAAACUACCCUCAACGACUCAUCGAUAAAAUUGCCAAAAAGAGUUUUGAGCAAGGCUUCACAGAAAGUCGACUCCGUUCCUUCUCUGAUGAUCAAGUUAACUAUAUUCGACACACGGCUGAUUUCUUAGCACUGAAUAGUUAUACGAGUGAUAUUGUGUAUAGAAACGACUCUUUAAUCGGGAGCUUUGAAGUACCUUCGUAUAAAGAUGAUCUAUAUAUCGGCGUUUAUAAGGAUCCUUCCUGGGUAAAGGGGAGUUCUUGGCUUUACUCCUACCCACCAGGCCUUUACAAACUGCUCCUGUACAUCAAAGACACAUACAAUCCAACAAUCUUCAUAACCGAAAACGGCUUUCCCACCUUACCUGGUCUUAAGGAUGAUGCUCGAGUCGACUACCUUAGAGGGUACCUUCAAUCUGUUCUCAGCGCGAUAUCUGAUGGUGUUGAUGUCAGGGGAUACAGUUUUUGGAGUCUGAUGGACACGUUUGAGUGGGAUUCAGGAUUUACUCUCCGACUUGGGCUCUACGAAGUGGACUUAGAAGAUCCGGAAAGAAAAAGAACUCCUCGCAAAUCCGCGCUUGUAUAUAAGCAGAUCAUUAGAAGUAAAGUUAUCGAUCUAUCAUAUGACCCGGAUCCUUGUGAUAAGAUUUAA